AUGAAAGAAGUGGGAAUGAAUGACAGUGGUGAGGUGAAGAAGCGCAAGAAAAAGGAGAAGAAGGCCAAGAAAGAGAAGAAGCACAAGAAGAAAAAGAAAAAACACAAAUCUAAAAACGAAGCGAGUCCUGUUGAAAAUACUGAUAUUCGUGGCUCGCCAGCUAAAGAAACCAAAAUGGAAGAUGGGAAAGGCUUCAAAAAUGAUGUAGAGAGCGAAACUCCACGUGUUCAGAAAAGAGAACGCAUUCAAGAAGCUCUUCGGAGAAGGCAAGCUGAGGUCCAAGCUCAGCGUGAAAAGCAGAUGGAGGCUUUCAAAAAACAAACGGAGUAUCUAGAGAGUGCUAAAGGGUUGGAAAGGAAGAGACGUACAGAAGACUUCGAAGAGCGAAUGAGGCAGUACAGAAACUCAAGGAAUCCUGGGAAACGAGUGGCUGAAGACAGUGGCACUGGGAAUAAACAAAACUCAACUGUGCAAGAGGAACAAGUUAUAAAAGAGCGCUAUUUAGGUCAGAAGCGCCUAACUAAGCGUCGACCUAGGCGACUGAAUGAAAGAAAGUUUGUGUUUGACUGGGAUGCUGCGGAUGACACUAGUCAAGAUUAUAAUCCACUUUACAAAGAAAAGCACCAAAUUCAGUUUUUCGGUCGAGGUCAUAUUGGUGGUAUUGACAUUAAGCAACAAAAAAAAGAAAUCGGACGCUUUUAUUCCAAACUGUUGGAAGAUCGUCGUUCUGAUACUCAAAGGGUUCAAGAAGAAAAGCGCCUAACCGGUGUUGCCAAGCGUGAAGCUAAACAGAAAUGGGAUGACCGGCACUGGACCGAAAAAGGCUUAAGUCAGAUGACUGAACGUGAUUGGCGAAUCUUCCGUGAAGACUUCAGCAUCUCGACUAAAGGUGGAAACAUUCCCAACCCUCUGCGGUCGUGGGCUGAGAUGAACGUUGCUGAUGAACUUAAGGAUGUGAUCAAAAAAGUUGGUUAUCCCGAGCCAACACCGAUCCAGCGUCAGGCAAUACCGAUUGGUUUACAAAAUCGUGAUAUUAUUGGGGUCGCAGAAACAGGCUCUGGGAAAACAGCGGCAUUUCUCAUACCGUUACUGAAUUGGAUUCAGCAACUUCCAAAGCUAGAAAGACUUGAGGAUACAGAACAAGGACCUUAUGCCAUUAUAAUGGCUCCCACUAGAGAACUUGCCCAGCAAAUUGAAGAAGAGACCGUAAAGUUUGGUCGACCGUUGGGAAUUAAAACUGUCUCGUUAAUUGGUGGUUUGUCGCGUGAGGACCAAGCGCUAAAACUUCGUAUGGGUGCUGAAAUAGUUAUUGGUACACCCGGUCGUUUGAAUGAUGUUUUGGAAAACCGGUACAUGGUAUUAAAUCAGUGUACUUACAUUGUCUUAGAUGAAGCUGAUAAAAUGAUUGAUAUGGGUUUUGAACCUGAAGUCAACAAUAUUCUCACUUACCUGCCAGUUACCAACGAAAAACCUGAUAAUGAAGAUGCUGAAGACGAUUCAAAACUCCUAAGCAAUUUCGCAACGAAACAUAAAUACCGCCAGACUGUCAUGUUUACUGCUACAAUGCCUCCUGCAGUUGAACGUCUUGCUCGCACCUAUUUGAGACGACCUGCUAUGGUAUACAUUGGGAGUGCUGGGAAACCAACAGAACGAGUUGAACAGAUUGUAUAUAUGGUUUCUGAGCAGGAAAAGAGGAGGAAACUAUUGGAAAUACUUUCUGCAGGACUUGAUCCACCUGUGAUCAUUUUCGUCAAUCAAAAGAAAGGACAAGAACAAAGAGAAUAUGCUUUAGCAAGUCUAAAAUCUGGUCAGAAGGAGAUUUUGGUUGCUACUGAUGUCGCAGGUCGUGGUAUUGAUAUCAAAGAUGUAUCCAUGGUCAUAAAUUAUGAUAUGUCGAAAACUAUUGACGAAUAUGUGCAUCGUAUCGGACGUACUGGGAGAGCUGGUAAAUCUGGUAUCGCAAUCACACUGCUUACAAAAGAAGAUUCUCCAGUAUAUUAUGAUUUGAAGCAAUUGCUAGUUCAAUCUCCUGUUUCCACUUGUCCGCAUGAUCUUGCCAACCAUCCUGAUGCUCAAACAAAACCGGGUAUAUUAGCUGCCAAGAAACGACGAGCUGAGGAGACAGUCUACAUUACAUGA